AUGGCGACGAACAGACGGUUGUCUAUAGUUCUUGUUGGAGUGACAGGAAGCGGAAAAUCCACCCUCGGAAAUAUACUCCUUGGCUUCGAACCCGAUCAGCCAGAGGGUUUUGGCACAAGUUCCAGUUCGAGAAGCUGCACCCUCGACACGGAAACCAGAAAUGGCUUCUGGCUGGGAGACAAAAUAACACCGAUCCGCAUCAUCGACACACCGGGACACGGAGACUGCGACGGUCGGGACGAGCAUCACAGGGAAAAAAUGGUGAAAUUUCUUCAGGCUGAGGGAACGGUGGACGCCUUCGUUUGGAUCAAGAAUUCUCAGCAGCCGAGGUACGAUAAGCAAGAAGCGGAAUAUUUCGGAAUCUUGAUGAAGGUAUUCGGACCCAGCCUCUUCAAGAAUCUAGUGGUCGUCUUCACCCGUUGGGCUUUUGGCAAAAAAGACGAAGUCAGGCGCAACCGACGGCGGCCGCCCUUGACAUUGGAAGACGUGAAGAAGGAGCUUUGGAACUCCUUCGUGGAAGGUCGAGACCCCAUUGAGGUGCCGAUGAUGGCCGUCGACGCGUUACACGACUCCGAAGACGAGAUCGAGGCCGCAGCGUUCCGGCGAGAAAUGGAGGUGUUCCUUAGCACCAUCACAAAGUUCAGCGCCAUGCCGGUGAGGGAAAUUCAGAUGGUCCGCACCGAGGCCGAAAAGCUGGAGCAACAGAUCGAAAGCCUGAGAGAAGAAAUGAAAGCGAACCGAGAUCUAGCCGGCGAGGGGCUCCAAAUCGCAAUUAAGAAAAUGGAAGAACUGGAGGACAACCUAAAGAGGAACCGGGAAUCGCAGCAGCCUCCCGCCUGGUUGGAGUCAAUGCGCCUUUUCGCUCCCAUCGCUCAGAAGUUGUUGGAUUUCGGAUUGCGGAUCGCUGAAAGGAGGCUGUUGAAAAAUGAAUAG